UGACAACCGGCGUGCAUCGAUUUCAAAAUCAUAUUUUUCACGUGCAACUAUAUGUUUCCAUAUGUAUUUAUCCUUUUGGUAAUAUAUUUCACUCUAGCUGCGUCUGAGGAAUUAUAGACACAUUCAUUCAAAGAAGCUACCCAAAGCAUUUCAUUAAAUAUGAAGAGCAAACAGAAAUUUUCAGUUUCGGAAAAGGACCUCCUUAAAAGACAGUCUCUAGAUAAAUACAGCCCCUUAGAUUUUCGCACAAGUAGAAAAAUUUCUUGUAACCCGUUGAUACAGAAGAAUAUAAAUUUUUUGAGGGCCUAUAGUAAUUUUCUAGGGAAACAGUCAUACGGUAACACCAGAGACGCAGAUUCUUAUUUCAGACAGAGCCUGAGAAGUGAACCGUUUAAUCUGAUUCGAGAUCUUCAGUUGACAAAUUUGGUGAGAUCUACCUCAUCUUUUGAAAGCGUUAGCCAGAAUUUCAACAGACGCCCAAGAUCUCGAAGAACUGUUUUAAAACCCAGGAGGAUCUUAGAGUUUCCACACAAAUCGCACAAAGUCAAAUCGAAAAAAUCAGAAGAGUUUUCUGUGAAGGAGCUUUUCUUAACUAAUAUCAAUAAUAAUUCGGAAAGUGGAUCAGACAGUGGCGUGACCCAGGAUCUUUCAACCGGAGAUUACAAUUAUUCGUCUCAACAUAGUGGACUCCAAAGCCAUCCUUUAGAAAAAGUCGAGGAAUCCUUAGAAGAAGAAGACAAAACUGCGGAUGUACGAAAAGAAAAAUCAUCCCUACAAGAUAUCGAUAAACUUAACGAUCGAUUGGAUAUAUUACUUAAAGCAGCCAUGAAUGUUAUGGUAGAAGAUGAUAGGGAAAAGGAGGGUGAAGAAGAAGGAGAGGGAGAAGAUAUGGAAGAGAAAACAGGAGAGGCAGAAAACGUAGGUGAAGGUGAAUUUGAUGAUAGUGAUUACACUGGUGGGGGUGAAGAGUUUGCAGGAUUUGCUGAUGAUGAAGAUGAUGAAAUGAAAGAAGUGGAGGAAAUGAUAGAGAGAGCUUCCAAAGAAUUAGCGGAAGUUGCAGAAGAAAACCAAAAAAUAUUAGAAACUUUAGAGGAAGGUGACGAAGACCUGGAAAAAACGGAAGAAGCCAAAGAUGCUCAAAAACCUUCAGAAAUGAAGUACAGUCAGGAAGCAGACCACGUCGUGUUAAAAGAACUGGAAGAUGCAGAACGACAAGCGAUUCAAACAGCAAAAAUAAUAAGCCAAUUGAAAGAGCAGGUCACUGUCUUAUCUAAGAAGGAAACAAUGACGGAAAAAGAAGCCAAAGAACUCGAAAAGUUGAAUAUGGAAUUGAAGAAACAAAUGACGAUUUUUGAGAAAAGAACUAGAAGAAUCCAGGAACUGAUCGCUAGGUCUGAUCUGUUUGAAAACGUGGGAAUCUUGGGGAAGUCGUUGAUGAGUCACAAAGAAGACGUCUUACCAAAAGUCGUUGUAUGCGGAACUACAGAACAGCAGAUGCCCAAAAUACUAAUUUGCGACGGUGCCAAAAUGAAAUCCAAGUCUGACCGCAAAAAACGACCAGCUUCAGCAAAAUCAUCUCGAAGACCCGAUAUAUGUACUUGCGAAACCACUGAACAAGAAACAGACAUUGACAUUUUGGAAAUGACGAGGCACUAUCAAAGAGCAGAUCUAGAGCUUCGAGGAAUGGGGCAGCAACACUUGCCGCCGCAAGUGCCUUUCCAGAUGAUGCCUCCAAUGAUACAGCCGCAGAGUGGACCACAAAUGGGAUCACAAAUUGGACCGCAAAUGGGUUCGCAAAUGGGACCUCAAAUGGGACUACAAAUGGGACAGCAAAUGGUACCACCAAUGGGACCACAAAUGGGACCACAAAUGGGACCUCAAAUGGGAACACAAAUGGGACCUCAAAUGGGACCACAAAUGGGACAACAAAUUGGACCACAAAUGAUACCACAGCAAAAAAAUACGUGCGAGUGCCACCAACCACCACCACCACAGCGAGGGCAGCAAAUGCCGAUGACACCUCAAAUGCAGAUGCCGAUGCAAAUGAUGCCUCCGGGUCCGAUGAUGCAACAAGUACCUAUGAUGCAACAAGUUCCACAAAGAGCGAGAUCUCCAUUUCCACCAAUGGAAGGCCCGAUGGCUUAUGGCGAAUUUGAGUCAACUAGGUCUUCUUCUCGUCCACAAACUCGGGGAGCUAAAGAUCAACCAUCAGGAAUGUCGUGCGGAAAAGGCCGUGGAAUAUGUCCAACAGAAAUAGAAUCCCGUCUUCAAGAAUAUUCAGAAAAUACGCAGUUCCUGGAACAACAAUUAUACGAUAUGGAAGCUGAAGUGAAAGAAAUGCACCAAGAACUGGUAGCUGUCCAAAAAGAACGAGAACAGCUAGAACAGCACAGGAAGAUGAUGUGCUCACCUCCUCCCUGUAGCCUACCAACAUGUCCUCCUACACCAUGUUCUCCACUUCCUCCGUGCAGUCCACCAGGAACUUGUGGGCCACCAGUAACUUGUGGACCACCAGUAUCUUGUGUACCACCAGUACCUUGUGGCCCACCGUGUGAAGUCCAGCUCAGAGAACUAAGGGAACAGUACAAAAGACUGCAAGACGAUUUUAAAAGUAAACUUACAGAAGUUGCAGGGCUCAGAACUGAAAACGAAAAAUUGAAAGAUAGGACACGACAAGCUGAAGAUGCAAAGAAAGAUGCUGAGAAACAAGUGCGCGAUCUGGAACUAGAGAUUAAGAGACUCAAAGGCAAUCUUAAAGGACCUAAGGAAGUAAGCAAAGAACAAUUUAUAGAGAUAGAACAACAAUUGGCAGUAACGAAGCAAAGAUUUAGAGAAGCACAAGAUGAGUUAGAUGAACUGAGAUUGCUGGUAGAAGAUCAGCAGAAGCAACUAGAUGAUUACAGAAAUAAGUAUUUAGAAGCUCAACAGCAAGUAGAAGAACAGAGAAGACAGAUAGACCUAAUGGAAAUAGAGAAUCAAAGGAUCAGCGAACAAGUUAAUCUGGAAAUCCACCGGGUGAAAAUACAGUUUUCAGAAAAAGUCCAAGAAUUAAUGCCUUUACCUGACAUUUUAAAAGCAACCCAACUAAAACUCCAAGAAGCUCAACAGAUGCACCUUUUAGCGGAACGAAAUAACGAAGCGAUAGCUAGAGAAUUGAAGAUGUAUAAGGACAAGGUUGCAGCCAUGACGUCGGAGAUAGAUGAGCACAAGAGCGACCAACAAUUGGGUCAAGAUGCAAAAUCAAUAUUGGAAGCUAAAGUGAAAGAGUUGGAGGAGCAGUUGGCCGAGUUGCAGCAAGUUAAUGCGUCGUUGGUUAAUGAUUUAGAAAAAUUCACAGAGAAAUGUGACGAAUACGAAAAACUGGCCGAGGAACGUUUGCAUGAAAUUAUACAACUUGAAUCGCAGGUUCAGUCUCUAAGAGAAGAAACUGCAAGGCAGGUGUCGAGGAUAAAGGACAGAUGCGAGAUAGUUAGAAGAUCAAUGCAAAAACAAAUCGGUGACUUAGAGAGACAACUGGCUCAAAGCAGAGCCCAAGCCAAAGCAGCUCAAUGCGACAGAGACGAAAUCAGGCAAAAGAUGCAGUCUCAAAUCAACAAUCUGAACGAAAACUUCGAAGAUGCCCAAAUGAGAAUACGGAACCUCCAAGGUCACGUCAAUUUCCUUAAAAACUCUUACGGAGAUACUUUUGGCAUCGGUGAAAAGAAUAAUAGAUACAGGUCUACUGAUAACAAGGAUCCUUGUGAUUGCAAUCAAACUUAUUAACGAACUAUUUUUUGUGUUUUAUUCAUUUUAUGAAAAAAUAUUUAAUAUACCACAAUUAUACCAUUUUAUACAAGUUUAAAA